AUGUUUUCAUUUAAUUCUUUCGUUCUUUCUAUUUUGCUUUUCACCGUUUUUUUUUCUUUCUUAAUCCUUUUUUUUUCUUUUAAUUUCAUUCUUCCAUUCUCUUUCUCACGUUCCUUCUUUGUAUUAAUUACAUUUUGUUCUUCUAUUCCUUAUUUUUCCUUUUUUAUUUCUGUUGUCCUCUUUCUCCUACUUUUCUUUCUUUUAUGUUUCCUUAAAUCUUAUUUCUCGUUGUCUUUCAUUUUUCGAUACAUAUUCUUUGGAUGCAUUUUAAUUCGUUACUUCUUAUUUUUUUGUAUUUUUCCUUUUGUUCUUUUUUUCUUCUUACUUUCUUUCUUAUUUUCUUUCUUUCUUCUUUCUUUCUUAUUUUUUCCUUCAUUUCUUUCUUUUUCUUCUUUCUUUCUUACUUUCUUUUUCUUUUUCUUUUCUUUUCUUUCUUUCUUUUUCUUUCUUUUAUUCAUUAUUUUUCUUUUUUACUUUCUUUUUCUUUGUUUAUUUAUUUGCUAUCUUUCUUUCUUUUUUUCUUUUUUUUUUUCUUUCUUUCUUUCGUUGAUUCAUUCUAUUUUUUUUGAGGCAUUUGUUCUUCCCUUAAUUUAUUUCCAUAUAAUUACUUUCUUUUUCUUUCAUUCUUUCUAUAUUUGCAUUUCUUCUUUUUCUUUCUAUCACAUAUUUUGCAAUUUUCUUCAACAUCUUUAUUUUGAUGACUUUCUUUUCUUUCUUGAUAUUGUCUUGAAUCCUUUUCUUUUUUAUCUUCUUUCUUUUUAUUUCUUCCUCUUCUUUUCUUUCGGUCUUUCUGCAUAUUUUCACAGAUACUCUCAUUCCUUUGCUUUCGUUAAUUCUUUCUUUUUUUUCUUUAUAUGUUCUCCGUUUUAUAUCUUUUCCUUCUUUUAUUUAAUUUUUUAUAUCUUAUUGUAUCCUUUUCUUUCUACUUUUCUCCCUCUCUCUGUCACUUUGUAUUUUCUUUCUUUCUUUCUUUCUUUCUUUCUUUCUUUCUUUCUUUCUUUCUUUUCUUUCUCUCUCUCUCUCUCUCUCUCUCUCUCUCUCUCUUUCGCUCAUCUUGUUUUUUUUCUUAUUAUUUUCUCGGAUUAUUUCAGUCAUUCGUGUCAACUGAAUUUGUUUUUUUAUCUUUCUUGCUUGUUUUUAAAAAUAUUUUAUUCGUUUUCUUUGUGUUUCAUUCUUUCCUUCUUUCUUUCUUUCUUUCUUUCUUUCUUUCUGUAUUCUUGA